CUGGAGGUGAAGGACGAUGAGGUCUUGAUUAAGGUUGUCGCCACCGCCUUGAACCCGGUCGAUUUCAAGAGGAGAUUUGGAUAUUUCAAGGCUAAUGAUUCUCCUUUCCCGACUAUUCUCGGUUAUGAUGUGGCUGGCAUCGUCGUUAAACUCAGCUCCUUAGCCGAGUACACAACUGCUCAAGAGAAGCUUUUAGCUCACAAGCCCGAGAAUCUCGAUUUUGUGCAAGCCGCUGCCUUGCCUCUUGCCCUAGAGACAGCUUAUGAAGGGCUCGAAAAGUACGAUUUUUCUAAGGGCAAAUCAAUACUCGUGCUCGGUGGAGCCGGUGAUAUUUCCAAACACGUUUUUGGUGCGUCUAAGAUUGCAGCUACAGCCAGCACGUCGAAGUUUGAAUUUCUGAAAAGUUUGGGGGCCGAUUUGGCAAUUGACUACACUAAGGAGAAGUAUGAGGAUCUGCCUGAUAAAUUUGACUUUGUUUAUCUGUUGUUGGGACAAAUGGUAAUGACCAUGGCCUUUNAAUCGAGGGAAACUGAGAGGGCCGUGAAGGCGGUGAAAGAAGGAGGCACCGUCAAGGGUCGGGAGAGGCACGAUAUGAACCAGGUGUUCGAGAGGUGGAUGGAGGUGAUGUUGGGAGCCGAGUUUCGGAGUCUGGAGAUUGGGUCCUUUACAUGGCCAUUGUUGAUAUUAGGUCGGCAGAGGCUAGAGCAGCACAGAUGGUCCUUCACAUGGCCAUUGUUGGAUUUCAAUGAGAUUUCCUUUGAGUUGUGGCUUUGUGUGAUUUCAGGUACCGAACCAGCAGAGGUGAUUGCGGGGCAGAGAAAAGGAAAGCCUCUGCCGAAGUUGGUAUCAACUCCAUUGAUUUUCAAGGAAGACAUGGUCGACAGACUUUUAUUUAGAUUUAUUAUUAUCUACUCAUGUCUGAAUGCAUAUGAGUAUUUUAUGUAA